AUGAAGGAUUUAGACGAAGAAAAGUUUUGUCUGGAAUUGCGAAUAACAAGAGAUUGCGAGAAAGGCAAGAUUUUCAUCGAUCAGCAGAACUACAUUGAGGAAAUUUUGAAGCGAUUCAAUAUGGCAAAUAGUAAUGCUGUGUCGACUCCUGCAAAUGCAAGUUUGAAGCUAGACAAAACGAUGAGCCCUAGCACUCCUGAAGAAGUAGAAGUGAUAAAAGCUGUUCCGUUCAAGCAGGCAGUUGGUUCUCUUUUAUACGCGGCUCAAGCAACCCGACCGGAUAUUGCGUAUGCAGUAAACAUGGUGAGUCAAUUUUGCAGCGAUCCAGGACAGUGGCACUGGGAGGCCGUAAAGCGAAAUCUGCGGUAUCUUCGUGGAACCACUGAAGCACGAUUGGAAUAUUCGGCGAAUGGCACCUCGCAACUAACCGGCUAUUCCGAUGCGGAUUGGGGAGGAGACGUGGAUACGCGGAAAUCAACUACGGGCUACAUUUUCAUGAAGAUGGGAGAAGCUGUUUCCUGA